AUGCCAUAUUCAUCAGCUGUACAAUCGAACUAUUCAUCAGAGUUGACUAAGAAUAGUCAAACAUAUUCUCGAGAUUGUCGAAAAUCGAAUUAUUACUAUCAAACUAUACGGAUGCAAGUAGUGGAAACUGGAUACUUUGCUCUGAGUAGUACUAGCAGUAUGGAUACAUUUGGUGAUAUUUACAAAGAUGAUUUUAAUCCAAUGAAUCCUUUCGAGAAUCUACUCUCACAAGAUUAUCAAACCUGUGUUUAUCCAGAUUUCAAGUUUAUUGCUUAUCUUCACAUUGAUACUACAUACAUAUUAGUGGUGACAACAUCUUCUCCAAAUAAGACAGGAAACUUUUCCAUUCUGACAUCUGGUCCAAAUAAUAUCACUCUUAAUCAUUACACUCAAAUUCUGACUAGUUGUUUCAUCGGGCAAACAUGUCAGUUCUACAAAAAAAGUAUUGGUGUCACUCUUGAUGAUAUUUUACGCGGUGAAAUUCGACCGAAUAUGACAAUAACUGAUCAAACAAUAAUGCUGAAAACUAAUAUCGCUUUAACGAUGAUUAUGUUUGUUGGAGGUUUAAUCAAUAGUAUUUUGUCUCUAAUAACAUUUCAAAAUAAAGAUUUACGACAAGUUGGAUCUGGCAUUUAUCUCUUAGCAUCGUCAAUUACUUCGUUCUUUACGAUCAGCAUAAAUAAUCAACGACACACGAAAGGACAAUCAAAACUGAAUGUUUCUACACAAAAUGAUAAGGAACUAUCGGUAUCAACAAUUUCUAUUCUAUUCGAUGCACUUCCACCUUCAUACAAUAUUGCCGUUGAUAAUCAUCUUCCACAAGUUUUACUACCAUCUUACGACAUUGCAAUUACUCAUUUACAAUCUGUCGAUAUACAAUCGCAAUUAACUACUACAACAGCAGCGACUGAGGACUUGAUUUUACGUGUCUAA